GGGUUCUCCUCUCCGCUCAUCUUGGCGCCGCUGCUCCUUCCUGCAGGAUGGGCGAGCGAGGUCGACCCGGGAAGAGUUGGCCGGGGAGGUGGCUCCGCCACGCCCACCCCUCCCUUCUAGGCAACAAUGGACGGUCCCGACGCCCGCACUCCGGCGAGGACGGCGGCGGAUCCCGGGCACCGCCUCCUCUGCUGGAGCGGAAACCUUCACUUAAAAGGGGAGGUGGAAUUGGGAACCCAUGCUUCCCCCGCAGCGGCCGCGCAGUGGGCUCGUCCGGCGCUUCCCGCCCGGGCUACUCACGCUCGGGCGGCGGCGGCCAGCGCACCCGGGAACCUGGGAACGGGGAGGCGAGACCAUCCAGCACCCGCCCUGCAAGGAGGGCAGAAGGUGCAGAAAAAGACAGGAAAUUAGAGAUGCUGCAAGGCCCAGGUCCAGCCUGGCGCCCCUCCCGCCCAGCUCAUCUUGCAGAUCUGUGGCCUCUGUUCUUCUCCCUAAACCCACAGAACAUUAUGUACCCCCGGAGGCCAGGACCCCAGCCUUUCCAGCGGCCUGAGAAACCUGGUCGUGUACGACGUAGGAAGACCAGGCGGGAGCGUAACGAGGCCCUGUUGGGCGGCCGCCGGCCAUUGGCCCGUCGGGAUCUUCCUGUGACCAAUCAGGAUCCACCUUUGGCCCCUACUGUUCCCAAGCUUGUGGUCAUAACGCAGGGCCGGCUGAGCCGGGAGCACCGGGGCCUCUUUAACCAUGAGGUGAAAUCUCUGGAUGUGGCACGGCUGCUUAGCAGUGGGUCCCUGGAGCCAGGCAUCUCUUCACUCCCCACCAAACCCUCCCCAAGCCCAAGCCGGGCCCAAGAACCGGCUCCACAGUCAAGGGGCAAAGAGAACUUGGUGCCUAGAGGCUCAGGCCCAGGCCCACCCAGUCCCCCAGAGCUCCCUGGCUUGGGGCAGCUGCUGGAGGAGCUGCAGUGCCAGCUGAUUCUGCCACAGGCCUUCCCCAAGAGGAACCUAGUGCAAGAGGCCAGAGAUGCCAUCGUGGGCACCUUGCAGGCCUGCCAUGGCUGUGUGCCUGACCUUACCCUGGUGCUCCGUGACUGCCAGCCACCCUUACCAGGGACCAAAGCUGGGGGACCUGAAUGCCGAAGGAUGACACCCUCCUGUAUCAACAGCCCGGAGCAGGCCCCAGGGGAGGGGAGACAGAGGAGGCAGCAGAGGACAAAGGAUCUCACUUUUGCCAUGCCUCACACCUCCAGCACUCCCACGGUGCACAGGGUGAGCCUGGCGCCACCAAACGGUCCCUUGCCACAUCCCUUGCCCUUGUUGCCUUCGCCAUCUGGGGCAACCUGGGGCCCCCCAACAGCCUUUGACCUACUGAAAAGCAUCUGGCUGGUAGCCACACCUCCCCCUCCCCGGCCCUGGGGAGUUGGCCCACAACAACCCCUGCCUCAGCCACCGUCACCUCUGUUGCCUCGGACCUCUGCCCUGGACUGGAGCCCCAGCCCUCCCCCACUGCCCAGCCUCUCUUGGGUGGUGGCCCAGAGGAGCCCAGAGGCCUGGUCCUUUCCACCUAUGAGACUGUACUGAGUGGACUGAGGCUGGGCUAGCGGCAGGAAACCUGCACUCCUGAUCACUUCAAUAAAAUACCUUCUUCGUGGUCCCUUUGA